AUGUCAGGUAUUGAAUUAAAUACAAUUAUUUCGCAAUUUAAAAACUAUGCACCACUUUAUCUUGCCGAUCAAUCAUGGGACAAUGUUGGUGUACUUGUUGAACCUAAUAAUGAUAAUCCAUUAAUAGAAACAAUUUUAUUUACAAAUGAUCUAACUGAACCAGUGUUAGACGAGGCUAUUGAACGACAAGCCAAGCUAAUUGUUAGUUAUCAUCCGCCUAUUUUUAGUCCUUUAAAACGUUUAACACAAAACAAUUGGAAAGAAAGAAUUAUACUUAAAUGUAUACGUCAUGGAAUUACUGUUUAUGCGCCACAUACAUCAUGGGAUGCAGUUGAUAAUGGCAUUAACCAAUGGCUCAUAUCAGCAUUUGGAACAGACAAGCAAGAUUAUACGGCGCGUCCUAUUGAACAAAUAAAAACAAAUGAUACACCAUCACACAGUCAACAAUUAUUAACAAUAACUGUUCCCAAAGAGCAUGAUAUUAAUUUCAUGAAGAAUAUAAAUGGUGCCGCUAUUAUCAAUGAAAUAUCUUGUAAUACACCAAAUGGACCAGCAAUUCAAUUAUCUAUUUCAUGUUCACCACGAGCUGCAAGUUCAAUAAUAGAUUUGUAUCGUCCUGAAGAAGAUAUAAGUAAAACAAUUCAAAUUGUUGAUGUUCAAAAACCUUUAGAUUCUCGUCAAGGAUAUGGCCGGUUAAUUGAAUUGAAUAAUUCUCGAACAAUUCGUGAAGUAGUUGAAAAUGUUAAAACGUUAACCGGUCUUAAGUAUAUUCGUCUUGCAUUAGCAAACAAUAAAACAAUAGAUUCUCCAAUAAAAACAGUCGCUGUUUGCGCUGGUUCUGGUGCAAGUGUAUUUUCUAAAGCACGAAAUGUUGAUAUUCAACUGACAGGUGAACUUACACAUCAUGCUGUACUAGAUGCUGUACAUCGUGGUACAACCGUUAUCUUAUGCGAUCACACAAAUACUGAAAGAGGAUUUUUAAAUGUUAUUAAAAAGCAUUUCGAGCAGAUAUGGGAUUCAAAUCAAGUUAAAUUAUUAAUCUCAGAACGUGAUCGAGAUCCAUUAGAAAUUGUUUAA